AUGCGAGUGGCUGAGCACGGGAAACCGUGGGAAAAUGUGGAGGGCGUACGGGACUGGGGACCCUCCCAUUUUAACCCCUUCACCCUCUCGUUUCCUUCCUAUUCCCUCUCAUAUCCCCACCUGCUCCCACUCAUCUCUCAUCCGUCUGCCUCCCCGCAUCCCCCCCUAAGCAGGUGUGAGGCGCCUGUCUGCCUGACUGCCCCGCAACCCCCCUGCUCUCCCUAUCACGACGGCUCCUCCUCUCCCCCCUGCACUUCCCCCGCAGGCGCCUCCCAGGUGUGGUCUGGUGGCGCACUCAUCAGGUGUGAGGCGCGCCUCUGCCUGUCUGCCCCGCUAGAUCCCCCUUCUCUUCCUCUCGCCCCAACCCCUCUCCCCCCACACUUCCCCCGCAGGCGCCUCCCAGGCGCCUCCCAGGUGUGGUCUGGUGGCCCCCUCAUCAGGUGUGAGGCGCGCCUCUGCCUGUCUGCCCCGCUAGAUCCCCCUUCUCUUCCUCUCGCCCCAACCCCUCUCCCCCCACACUUCCCCCGCAGGCGCCUCCCAGGUGUGGUCUGGUGGCGCACUCAUCAGGCGCCUCCCAGGUGUGGUCUGGUGGCGCACUCAUCAGGUGUGAGGCGCGCCUCUGCCUGUCUGCCCCGCUAG